GCAAACAUGUUCCAACUGUUCAUACAAAGGAUUGCAUAAGUCACACAUUGUGUUUCCACAAAACUUUCCCCACAAUUUGCUGCUGCUCAGCAUGUACUUCACUUAGUUUCCUCUAAUUAAAACUUGCAAACAGAAAAGCUUUCCAGUGCUAAGAGACUCAUGUGCUUUCCUGGAGAUUUGGAGCCACGUGUUCCAGGAACAGCUGGGUACACCACACCGAUACAAUAUAAAGGCAAUGUCAAUCACCUUCUCUCACUUUUUAAUAGCUCCCCUCCAUGGUUCUCAGUCUCCAUCAAUAGAAAUUUAAGAUUAAAGAACUUUACUAUCUUUCAAGUACAGUUUAAUCCAUUAAGAUGGAUCUCCUUCAUAGCAAUGGCGUGCUUAUCAUUCAGCAUUUACAGAGGGACUACAGGGCUUACCAGGAUUUCCUUAACUUUAUGUCACAUGUUGGCGAUCCCCGGAAUAUAUUCUCAAUUUAUUUUCCUCUUUGGUUUCAGCUCAACCAAGUGGUUGGUACUAAAAUGAUAUGGGUGGCAGUCAUUGGUGAUUGGUUCAACCUCAUAUUUAAAUGGAUUUUAUUUGGGCAUCGCCCAUACUGGUGGGUGCAAGAAACAAUGAUUUAUCCCAAUCAGUCAAGCCCAUGCCUUGAACAGUUUCCUAUAACAUGUGAAACUGGACCAGGAAGCCCAUCUGGACAUGCCAUGGGAUCUUCCUGUGUCUGGUAUGUAAUGGUCACAGCAGCUCUUAGCUACACAGUCAGAUGGAAAGAUAAAUCAGCAGUUACCCUUCACAGACUGACAUGGUCAUUCCUCUGGAGUAUUUUUUGGAUUAUCCAGAUCAGUGUGUGCAUCUCGAGAGUAUUCAUAGCAACACAUUUCCCUCAUCAAGUUAUUCUUGGAGUAUUUGCUGGCAUUCUGGUGGCAGCAGCAUUUGAGCACACCCCUGCUAUUCAGACAGCGAGCUUGAGAAUGUACAUCAAGACAAACUUGUUUCUUUUCAUCUUUGCCCUUGGCUUUUAUCUAGUCCUCAAACUUCUUGACAUUGACUUGCUGUGGUCUGUUCCAAAGGCCAAGAAGUGGUGUGCCAACCCAGACUGGAUAAACAUUGACACAACUCCCUUUGCUGGACUGGUGAGGAAUUUAGGUGCACUCUUUGGCUUAGGUCUUGGAAUUAAUUCUGAAAUGUUCAUCACAAGCUGCAAAGGUAAAAAUAGCUGUAAGAUAAGUUUUCGCAUAUUGUGUAUAGCUGCUUCUUUAGCUACACUGCAGCUGUAUAAUUUCAUUAAGAUACCUACUCAUACUGAGUAUUUGUUCUACAUUUUCUCUUUUUGUAAGAGUGCAGCUAUGCCUCUGACUGUAGUUGCCUUGGUUCCAUACUGUGUCCACUCAUUAAUGAGGACAACUGAAAAGAAACUUAAUUAGAUAAAGUUUUCAAAUGGUUAGCGAUGUGGGGAUGGAUAUGAACUGUUCAAGAACCCUUCACAAAGGCAGUUUUGCUAACUCAUUUUAACCAAGGAGGAUGCCACUGCAUCUUUGAUGUGCUCCUGGUAAGUAACCAGCACAUCCAAAAUCAGUACAUUCAAGAAUGACUUUGGCAGCUCAGAAAUAUUAAUUGCUGAUUUUAUUCCUAGAAAUAUUGCAACCACACUGCAGUAUGGUUAGAAAUGACCCAAUACUCUGGGUCAUAACAAAGUUUUAAAGUAUAAUCAACUAAUUUUAUUUAGCUACCUUGUGGUCUUUUAGUUCUGUCCAUCUCCAACUAGAUGGUGCUUCAAGCCUCGGUUGUACAUAGUGAUACUCAAUAUUUAAUUUUUUUAUAUAUAGAUACUGUGUGUUAAACUGCUAGAUAAUGGUGUGACAGUAUCACACCACCUACAACUGUACAGCUGUACCCAGGCACUGUGAAAAAGGCCAGCAUAAUUAUAAACAAGGCUUUAGAUUUAACUUAUUGAGCUUCCUGAGCAAAACAGCUUCUGAUUAGGCCAGAUGAGAAAAAAAUAAAAGUUUAUUUCAA